GCAAUAACAAUUCCAGUCAACAAAAGUCAAAAUUUGACAAAAGAGUGUUGACGUAAAUCAUAAUAUAUAUAUAUUUAAUAGAGAAUUAUUAUUAUAAAAUACAAUAAUAAGAUAAAAAAAUGUAUGAAUAAAUAGUUAAGUGAACACCGCAAUAAUUACAAGCCAUUGUUAAACGUAUUUUUCGGUAUUAUUUGCAAGUGAUGAGACUAGAAAAUUGAGAAAUUCACUCGUUAAGCCGUAUACAAAUUUGUUGCCAAUUCAUUUAAAUUUGACAGCGUUUGCCAUUUGAAAAAAAAUUUGUAUUAUCCAUGUGAAAAACCAAGUUGAGCGUACAAAAAAUGUACUUUAUACUUGUGUUUGUUUUCUCAACACUUUACAAUUUAAAUGUGGCUGAUCCUCUCGUCCGAUACCAACCUGAACAAAUACAUUUGUCGUUGGGCGAAUCGGUCAGUGAAAUUGUUGUAACGUGGACAACCUGGAAUAACACUGAUGAGUCUAUUGUAAAGUACGGCAUAAACGGACCGAUUCUGAAAGCUUCCGGCAGUUCUAAAUUAUUUGUAGACGGUGGCGAUCUCCAUCGCACGCAGUACAUUCAUCGUGUUAGACUUCCCAACUUGCAGCCUUCGAGUCAAUAUGUUUAUCACUGCGGUAGCAACAAAGGUUGGUCUUCUCAGUAUUCAUUCAAAACCGUUCCCACGGACAGUGAUUGGUCGCCUAGUAUUGCUUUUUUCGGUGACAUGGGUAACGUCAACGCUCAGUCGCUUCCUAGAAUCCAGGAAGAAACUCAGCGAGGAUUAUAUGACUUGAUACUUCAUAUUGGUGACUUUGCUUAUGACAUGGAUAGUGAAAAUGCCAAUGUCGGAGACGAAUUUAUGCGUCAAUUGGAGCCGGUCGCUUCGUACGUUCCUUAUAUGACGUGUCCAGGCAAUCACGAACAAAAAUACAAUUUUAGCAACUAUAAAGCUCGUUUCAGUAUGCCGGGUGACUACGAAAACAUGAUGUAUAGUUUCAACUUGGGUCCAGUGCAUUUUAUUAGUCUUUCGACGGAGUUUUAUUAUUUCCUUUAUUACGGUAUCAAGCCUGUGGUGUUACAAUACGAAUGGCUAGUCGAAGAUCUCAAACAAGCAAACGAACCGGAAAAUCGCAAACUCAGACCUUGGAUUAUAGUGUACGGACAUCGGCCUAUGUACUGUUCCGACGCCGACAAGGAUGACUGUACCUAUCACGAGACAAUCACGAGAGUUGGUCUUCCUCUGUUGCAUUGGUUUGGACUGGAAAAACUUUUUUACGACAACGGUGUCGACUUAUGUCUUUGGGGACAUGAACACACCUAUGAAAGAAUGUGGCCGGUCUACGAUCAUCAAGUGUACAACGGAACUUACACGGCUCCUUAUACCAAUCCUCGUGCGCCUGUACACAUCACGUCCGGUUCGGCCGGUUGCCAGGAAAGAACUGAUACUUUUAUUCCAAAUCCACCGGCAUGGUCGGCGUUGAGAAGUAGCGAUUACGGUUACGGUCGUAUGAAGAUCUACAACAGUACACAUUUGUAUGUAGAACAAGUGUCGGACGAUAAGGAAGGCGAAGUCAUAGACCAUAUGUGGCUAAUCAAGGACGAACACAAACCUUACGGUCAAACAAUUUUAAAUAAUUUGUAAUAAAUCAAUGACUCAACCGUUUCAAUACGCGAUUAACAUUAUUUUAUGAACGAUUAAUGUUUUAUCUGUAUUUAUAUAUUAUACUAUACUAAAAAAAAAUUUUUUUUUAUAAAUUUAUUAUUGUUACAAAGUCAUAAAUGGUUUUCAAAAAAAAAAAACCUAUCGUAGCUUAUACUUGCACAUACAAUUAUCUAGUCUUACGGUUUUAAGCGUAAAAGCAAACUUUUAUUUGAAUUUGACUAAACAAUAUUUAUUUAUGUAAUUAAGUUAAAAUUAUAGCACAGUGUCAAAGUGCCGAGUAUACGUUUCAUUAAAAAUUAUUUUUGAGA